CCUCUCUCCUUCCUUCCUUUUCUAUUCUAUCCAUCCCUAUAUAUAACUCUAACUAACCCCUCUUCUCAUUUUCGUCUCUAAACACUAGAUAUCAGUACAAUACAAAUAUAUUUUAUUUCUUCGUUCAUUUUUUGUGUACAAUUUACAAUGGCUUCCUGGAAGAAAACUAUUACAUCCCCGUUUAGAAAAGCUUGCACUUUCUUCAAUCAGCAACCUGCAGCUACAAGGGAUAAGAAGUCCCGCCCAGAGCAUGACAACCGUGCUAUGGAUCUUCAUGGUGAAGUUAUGGCUUGUGCUUACGAGGAUGUUCAAGUGAUGUGGUCCAUUCUUGACAAAUCCAAGUCUGCAGACUGUAACGUUACCUCUUGAUAUAUGGCUUCGCUUUUAUGUACCAGAAGCUAGCCAUUAUGGCAAUGUUUGAGGAAACAUUAUUCCAUGGAUCUAGCUAUUUGGUAUGUAUGAGUAUGACUUUGUAGAUAAAUAUCAUUUUGUGUGGGAAACUAUGAAUUAGGAGGUCCGAAGGCAGGUCUUUUUAGGUUGCCCCUUGAAGUUUAAUCAAUGGUGGUGGCAUUUGAAGAAGAAGACUGUAUGGUUAUUUAUGUGGUUCUAUAUAUAGGGAAAUUAAUGGAAUCCCCGUGAUCAAUCAAACA